GACAGGCUGACGGCGAUUAUCUGGCAGGGCGCUGUUACCAUGGUAACGCAGGCGCAGGUUGAAGCCCCUGCCGGGGUCUUCAGCAGUGGCGUGUCGCGCGCGCGGUGAUGUCAGAGUCAGCCCAAUCUGAGCCUGAGACCUGGCGGCGCUAGUCACUCAGCGCUGCUGCUGCUGUUACUGCAGCUAACACAAUGAUGGAGAUGGAUACACUGAGGAGUAAGCAGAAGGAAGAUGAAAGCACAGAGGCGAAGAAGGAUCGAGAGAAGAAGAAGCGUUCUCGGGUGAAGCAGAUACUUGCUGACAUUGCCAAGCAAGUUGACUUCUGGUUUGGUGAUGUCAACCUUCACAAGGAUCGUUUUCUGCGGGAGCAGAUUGAGAAGUCCAGAGAUGGCUACAUUGACCUAUCCAUACUGGCCUCCUUUAACAAAAUGAAGAAACUAACCACAGAUGCCAAGCUGAUUGCUAGAGCCAUCAAGAAUUCCUCGGUUGUAGAGGUAAAUUUGGAGAGUACCAAAAUCAGGAGACGGCUUCCGCUAGGGCAAAAGCCGCCGGAUGUGGAUGAGCGCACGGUGUAUGCGGAGCUGCUGCCUAAAAACGUUACCCACGGCUGGAUUGAACGGGUUUUUAGUAAAUGUGGCACAGUGGUCUAUAUAAGCAUUCCCCGGUACAAAUCAACAGGCGACACAAAGGGAUUUGCAUUUAUUGAGUUUGAGACUCGGGAACAAGCUGCUAAAGCAGUUGAGUUUCUAAAUAACCCUCCAGAAGAAGCACCAAGGAAAGCUGGGAUGUUCCCAAAAACAGUGAAAAGCAAGCCUGUUCCUGAGCUUACAGCAUCGGAGGCGAAUUACUUUGAGGAGAAGAAAAAGAAGAAGAAAAAAAAGUCUAAAAGCCGAAAGGAAAACAAUGAGAAAGCAGAAGAGGAAAAUAAUGACCAGAAUAUGGAAGUAUCCAUGAAGGUAGAAAGGACAAAAAGGCAUCGCAGUGUGUCGGAAAGCUCUAUGACAGAGACAUCAGAAACUAAAGAGCAAACUUUUAAGAAAGAGACGAGGAAAAGGGAUAGGGCAGAGAGCUCAGACCAGUCAGAGGAAGGCCGAUCUGGCAAGAGGAAACGUAGCAGCUCAGAGGACUCCUCAUCUAAGCACAGGAAAGUGAAAGAUGAAGCAGGGAAGUCUACAGACCUCCCUGAAUGUAAAGAAGUUUCUACAGAAGAAGAAAAGGACGCAAUUGACAAGAAGGAAACAUCUACAGUGAAAAUUAAGCGGAAACGAAAGAAGAAACAUAAGGAGAGACAUAGAGUUGGGGAAGAGGUUGUCCCCUUAAGAGUCUUGUUCAAGAAAGAAUGGAUGGUUCUGAAGGCUGAAUAUUUGGCACUGCAGCGAGCCAGCAUGGCCUCCCUCAAAAAGGCAAUAAGUAGCAGAAAUCAGUCAACUACAGGAGAAGUGGAAGCAGAACCUAAAAACAUGAAAGACGUAGAAACACUUGGACCUCAGUUCGUUAGUGGAGUCAUUGUGAAGAUCACCAGUUUAGAUCCACUGCCAAAUCGCAAACUUGUAAAGGAUGCGUUGUCUGGAGUGUCUGAAGUGGUCUAUGUAGAUAUGCUAGAGGGAGACACAGAGUGUCAUGUCCGUUUUAAGUCUCCUGAGGAUGCUCAGACUGUCCUGAAAGCACACUCAGAUCUGCAGAGCAAGCACAACUGGAAGCUUCUCAUCCUUUCUGGAGACAAUGAGCAGAGAUACUGGCAGAAAAUUUUGGUGGACAGGCAGGCAAAACUAAACAGACCACGUGAAAAGAAACGUGGGACUGAAAAGUUGGUUGCCAAAGCUGAAAAGAUAAGGCUUGCCAAAACACAGGAAGCAAGCAAACACAUCCGCUUCUGCGAUGCAACCUGAGACGCAGGAUUUUAUGUUUUAUUUUACUUCUUUUUCAAUUUUGACUCCUAUAAAAAUGCAAGGUUUACUCUGACAAGUCCAAUACAGUUGAUGUUAAAGAUAUGGCAAAAGAAGUUAAUAAAUGGACUACCUGUAUUCCAGAGCUUUAUAUUCCAUAUUGGACGUUACCCCCACAGUGAUGCAUGGUUUUGGUUACAUGCGUUAUUCUGUUGCCAUAUCUUUGACAUCAGAAUUAUUUGAGAUUAUGUUGUGUUUUGAUUUAGGCAUGCUUUUUUAAUGUUUUUUUGUUCAAUAGAACAAUUGUAUAUUUUUAAAGGUUGUAUUGGAUGUAAAUACGGAACAAAAUAUUUUUCUGUACCAAUGGUUCUCACAGGCACGAGAGGAUUUUUUAUGUAAUAAUGUUCUCUGCAUUUUGUUUUUAAUUGAGCUGACCAAGCUACUUAAGUAAAGCCUUAAAAAAUGUU